AACGACAACCAAUUUUUCUUGUAUAAAUUGAUGCAAACCAAAGAGAAAAACAGAGUGAGAGAAAGAGGAGUGGCGAAAAUGGAUUUGAUAGUAUCCUUCCUUCUACUCCUACUAACUCUCAUUUGGGCAUAUUUCCAUCUCCUGAACUCCAACUCCAGGAACAGGAGAUCAGCCAAGCUUCCUCCGGGCCCUUACCCCUUUCCCAUCAUCGGAAGCAUUCUCCACCUUGGCCAAAACCCCCACCAAAACAUUACCAAACUCUCCAAAACUUAUGGCCCUUUAAUGUAUCUCAAGCUCGGCAGCGUAGACACAAUCGUUGUGUCAUCCCCAGAAAUCACCAAGGAAAUACUACAAACGCAUGAUCAAGCUUUUCCCCUCAGGAUGACCACAGCCGCAACCCGAGCACUCGACCACCACACGGAGUCCGUGACCUUCCUGCCCAUGGGCAGCCAGUGGAGAAACCUGCGUAAAAUAUGUAAAGAACAGAUGUUCUCGACCCAACCACUAUACGCCAGCCAGGGACUACGCCAAGAGAAGCUGCAGAAACUGCUCCAAUAUGUCCAAGAAUGCUGUGUUAAUGGCCGAGCUGUGGAUAUUGGACAGGCUGCUUUUGUCACAUCCCUUAACUUCAUAUCAAACACACUUUUCUCACUUGAUUUUGCUGAUUAUAACACGGGUUCGUCUCAAGAACUCGAGGAAAUAAUCCACAGAUUGAUGAGAGUGUAUUCCUGUCCUAAUCUUGGAGAUUAUUUUGGGUUUCUGGGGUUGUUAGAUCCGCAAGGAAUCAAGCGGGAGGCGGAGUUUUGUAUGGGGAAACUGCUUGCAAAUUUUGAUAGUAUCAUUGAUCAAAGAGUGGAAGCUUCACGUAAGUCUCAGGCAAGGAAAUCUGAUUUGCUGGAAGUGCUGUUGGAGAUCAGCGAAGGAAAUCAGGUGGAGUUGACCCGCAAAACCAUGAAGCAUUUACUGCUGGAUUUAUUUAUUGCAGGAGCAGACACAACAUCAGUCACAGUGGAGUGGGCAAUGACAGAACUUCUACGAAAUCCCCAGGUAAUGUCAAAAGUCAAAAUGGAGAUUCGAACUGUUGUUGGAGCAAACAAACAGGUUGAAGAAUCAGACAUUUCAAAGCUCCCAUAUCUACAAGCCGUGAUCAAAGAGUCCUUAAGAUAUCAUCCUCCAGGCCCAUUUCUGAUGCGUCGCAAGGACGGAGAUGAUCUAGAAAUCAAGAACUACGUCAUACCCAAAAAUGCCGCAAUUCUCAUUAAUAUAUGGGCGAUUGGUAGAGAUCCAAGGAUAUGGCCGAACCCUGAUUCAUUUGAGCCUGAAAGAUUUUUUAACAGAGAAGUUGAUUUCAAAGGGCACAACUUUGAACUGAUCCCAUUUGGGGCCGGCAGGAGAAUCUGUCCGGGCCUGCCGCUAGCAUAUAGGAUGGUUCACCUAACUGUGGCCUCUUUGAUUCACAAUUUUGAUUGGGAACUUGAACCAGGAAUCACACCACAAGAUGUGGACUUGAAUGAGAAGUUUGGCCUUUCACUGAAAAAGGCCAUACCUCUCAAGGCUGUGCCGACCAAGCCAUGAUUAUUGAUUCAUAGAACAUGCAUGGAUAGCCUAUGAUUAAAACUAUUUAUUUAAGUACUUUUAAUGAAGUGUGGCAAUGUAUAGCUUUAUUGCGUUGUUAAGUGAUGCAUACCAUAUGGAUAGUCUAGGACUGAAACUAUUUAUACAAGUACUUCAAUAAAAUAUGAUAAUGUACAUAUAGCAUUAUGGAUGGGGCCUUUACUUCUAAAAAGAAAGGCAAAAUUAUAUUUUAGGUCU